UGUUUGUAUUGCUCUCCAUGCGGCAACACACAAACUACGUCUUGCUGGUGGUUCUCUACGUAGAAAAAAGCGUGCAUUCGGUUGUAAUAUAGCGUCGUAAUAUAAAAUGAACAUACCGGCCACCUCGAAACGGCUGGUGCUUUCCUUGUAUCGUGAGUUGCUUCGUUACGGAGCCCAGCUGCAAUAUACGGAUCAGGAGUACUUUCUCAACCGAAUCAGGCGCGAAUUUCGUCAGUCGGCGUCACUGACCGAUCCGAAAGAGAUAGAAUUCUGUUACAAGCGUGGCCGUGCUCUACUGGAUCGUGCACGCGUCGUAUAAUGCACAGCUUGCUACGACUAACCCGCCGAUUGCAGACACCGCUUCCCUUGUUACCAUGGCGAACACUCUCGAAAGCAAUCGAUCACAGCCGUGUACCGGUACUGCGUGAGGAAGAGCUGGAGGAAACGUUUGUCCGUGGAAGUGGCCCCGGUGGACAGGCCGUUGCCAAGACGAACAAUAAGGUCGUACUAACGCACAAACCGACCGGCAUCGUUGUGCAGUGCCAUGCUACUCGCUCACUGUUUGAAAAUCGUCGCGAGGCACGGAAGAUGCUGAUCGGGAAGCUGGACCAUCUGUACAAUGGUGACCAAUCGGUGGAAGCACAACUCGGACGGAUUGAAGCGAAAAAGCAAACCGAAACAGCUAGACGAAAGCAAAAGCUGCAGGCAAAGAAAAAGGCUUGGAAGGAGCGUGAGUUUGGCGAUGAGUUCGGAAAGCAGGAUUAGCUGAAAGGAAUUGUAGUCAUAAAAUUAUAGUAAUAAAACAGGACAUAGGAUUUAUAAAGUGA